AUGCUCGUGGUCCCUAUUUUCAGCAGGAUGCAGUUGGCUGGUUCCUGCGCCAUGUUCAAACCAGAAGGUCACCCACCCUCAGCCCUGCUUCAGGCCUGCAAACACAGCAAUGGGGACGACAAGGGGAGCACUCACUUGGGAGCACUUGGGUCCCAGUUGGGAGUGGACAGGUGUGGAAACUUUGAGGCCUUUGACCCGCCUGAGCCCUUGAUGUGGGCUGUGACGUCAAACGGAGACAAGCUGACCUGGCUCAGCACUUCCGGGGGCCGGAAGACCUGCUCCAUCUACCCCAGAGUCUGUGGGGAGGGCCCCCCAUCCCUAACUCAAGCUCCUUGGAGCUCAUCUCAAUGGGUGAGUCCUCUUCCAGAUGUUGGCAAGGAAGAAGGUGAAGAAGAGGAGGAAGAGGAGGAGGAAGGUAUGCAGCCACCUCUACUGUUUGCCCCAAGAAACUGCCUUCCUCACCAGGGUCUCAGCAUCCUGGACAAGCUGGUGAAGACAUGGCCAGUGUGGCAGCAGCUGAGUCUUGGCCAGGCUGAGACCACCAGAAUCCUGCGCAAGGAAGGUCCUGGGGCCUUCCUGGUACGUCAAGAGAGUGGCCAGAAGUUGCUCUGUGUCCACUUCCCUGGCCUCCCUGAGGACACUUCCGAUGUGCUUGAAUACACCAUCAAAGAAGAAAGAUCAAUUCUGUACCUGGAAGGCUCAGUUCUCGUGUUUGAGGACAUCUUCAGGCUGAUCGCCUUCUACUGUGUCAGUAGAGACUUACUGCCCUUUCCCCUGAGGCUGCCUGCAGCCAUCCUGGGAGCCAGCAGCUGUGCAGAGCUGGAGACCAUCUGCAACCUGGGCCUGGGCUUCUGGGUCUCUUCGCUGAACCUCCGCCGGGGAAGUGGGAAGCUGUUGGAAGCCCCCAGGGACCCAGCCCCGGGUGCACCCCCCGACUGCAGCCUCAGGCCUGCUGCCCGCUCCUCCAACUGUGCGUGUGAGAUCGAGCUGUCAGUAGGAAACGACCGGCUGUGGUUUGUGAACCCCAUCUUCCUGGAAGACUGCAGCCGCACCCUACCCGCUGGACCCCCGGUCCCUGCACACUGCCCUGGACGCCCGUCGCCUGCGGCCCCUGAAGCUACCUCACCUGCCUCAAAGUGGGCUCCACGCCGCAGGGCACCGCCUCCCCCUCCACCUCUUCUACAGUCCCCUGGCCCAGCAAGGCCACCUCCGCCUCCUGUUCCUGCCUCUACCGGGCCCCAAGACUGUCCUCAGCCCAUUUCCCCCCCGGGGGCUGCUGCUCUGUUCACGUUGCCUCCUCCGGCCCCUCCAGAUCCUGCCCCUCGCCUUGCACCCCAGGCCCCGGGACUUCCCGACCAUCCAAGCCAACCACCCAUGACGACCUAUGAGUGGCUUCCACGCCCUGUUACAGGCCUGGGCCCCCUCAGGGAGGAAGACACCAAGCCAGAGCCCAGCACCCGGCAGCCUUCCUCUGCCCCUCCAACCCCGGCCAAGAAGAGUCCUCCUGCUGCUCCUCCCCGGCGCCGCUUCUCUGAGAGGGUCCCCCUGGGAGACCAGAGUGCAAGGAAAGAGGAGCAAGGGAUGACCACAGAGGGGGACAUGCCAGGGACACCCCUGCUCCGUCUGCCUCCUCUAACAGGUGCUGGGGAUGAGCCUCUGAGGACCACAGAGCAGGGCCAGGAGGACACAGCCCUGAUGAACCCUCUGGACAGCAUUCCCCAGCAGCCCCAGAAACCCCGGCAGCCCCCCAUCCCGCCCCCCAGGAAGAAACGCAUCUCACGGCAGCUGGUCUCUGUUCUCCCGAGUCCCCUGGAGAACGCCGAACUUGGAGCACAGAGCACAGAAAGGAACCCCAAGGAGAUGCCCCAAGAAGGGCUGUGCCCGGCCUCCUCGCCUGCUGGAACUCGGCGAAGCGUUCCAGCCCCGGCCAGCACCCGACCCCAGAGCGCACCAGAGUUUAAGGGCUCUCUGGCCUCCCUGGUGGACAGCUUGGGGGCACCUGCCUGUGCCACCACUGACCAGGACUCGUACUCGACCUCCAGCACCGAAGAGGAGCUGGAGCAGCUAAGUGGUGCCUGUGUGCGCAAGAAAUCCUCGAUGAUCCUGGGCAAGGCCCGCCACCGGCUCAGCUUUGCCAGCUUCAGCAGCGUCUUCCGCUCGCUGCUGUCCACCAACCGUAAGCUCUACAAGAAGGUGGUGGAGCUGGCGCAGGACAAGGCAUCCUACUUUGGUAGUUUGGUGCAGGACUACAAGGUAUACAGCCUUGAAAUGAUGGCGCACCAGACCUCCAGCACCGAGCUGCUGCAGGAGAUUCGCACCAUGAUGACACAGCUCAAGAGCUACCUGCUGCAGAGCACCGAGCUCAAGGUGCUGGUCGACCCCACACUGCAUGCCGACGAGGAGCUGGAGGCUAUCGUGGAGUCAGCCUUGUACAAGUGCGUGCUGAAACCACUGCAGGAGGCCAUCAACGCCUGCCUUCGUGAGAUCCACACCAAGGACCGCUCACUGCAGCAGCUCAAGGAGAACCAGCUGGUCAUUCUGGCCACCACCACCACUGAUCUGGGCGUCACCACCAGUGUACCCGAGGUGGCCGUCAUGGAGAAGAUUCUGCAGAAGUUUGCCAGCAUGCACAAGGCCUACUCGCCAGAGAAGAAGAUCUCCACCUUGCUCAAGACCUGCAAGCUCAUCUAUGACUCCAUGGCAUUGGGAAACCCAGGAAAGCCCUAUGGAGCCGAUGACUUCCUUCCAGUACUCAUGUAUGUGCUCGCUCGCAGCAACCUGGCCGAGAUGCUCCUGGAUGUGGAGUACAUGAUGGAGCUCAUGGACCCAGCUCUGCAGCUGGGGGAGGGUUCCUACUACCUGACCACCACCUACGGGGCCCUGGAGCACAUCAAGAACUACGACAAGAUGACGGUGACGCGGCAGCUGAGCAUGGAGGUACAGGACUCCAUCCACCGCUGGGAGCGCCGGCGCACGCUCAACAAGGCCAGGGCCUCCCGAUCUUCGGUGCAGGACUUCAUCUGCGUGUCAUACCUGGAACCCGAGCACCAGGCGCGGACGCUGGCGUCGCGAGCAGACACGCUGGCCGAGGCUCUGUGUGCCCAGUGUGCAGAGAAGUUCGAGGUGCCACAGCCGCAGGACCACAGGCUCUUCGUGCUGGUGGACGGGCGCUGCUUCCAGCUGGCGGACGAGGCCCUGCCGCACCGCAUCAAGGGCUACCUGCUUCGGAGCGAGCCCAAGCGCGACUUCCACUUCAUCUACCGGCCCCUGGAUGGCGGUGGGGGUGAUGGGGGCCCACCCUGCCUCGUGGUUCGGGAACCCAAUUUCUUAUAACAAGGCCCCGGGGGUCCAAAGGAGAUGAGGAAUUGGGGAAAGAGACCCCCCAACCAGCCCCAUACUCUAACCACACGGCGUCCCAGUGCUCCCCCUUCUCCCCAGGCGGGUCUUGGAGUGACUAGUGCAGGAAGUGCAGGUCAAACUCACCACCGUUAGGCAGAAAGGGAAACUGAGGCCCGGAGAGAAGAGUGGCUCCAGCUAGCUCCAGCCAGCACAGCUCAAAUCCAGCCCCAUUCACAGGUGGGCUUCAGGUCAGUCCCUCCGCACCCCUUUGCUCCAGUUUUCAGAGUCUGCCUGUUGUCCUUGGACUGUCAACUAAAGGGACCUGGCCAUACGUGUUCCAAGCCCUCAAGACCCCCAGCAUUGUGCGUGUCUGUCGGAGCCCUGAACAGAAGCAUCCAGAAUUGGCCAGUGGGGCCAGCUGGGCUUUGCAGGAGAAAGGCAAAGCCAAAGGCUAUCCUACAGGCCUUCUCAGUAGACACAUAGAACCCACCUUGUGAUGCUGACAAGGACCUCGGCGUGUGUGA